ACGGAGCAGUUCGCCGUGAUGUGGAUUCUGUUCAUCUCCAUCGUGGUUGGCAACGUCGCCGUGAUCGUAGCGUUGAUGCUCUCCAAGACCAGGAAGUCGCGGACCAAUUUCUUCAUCAUGCAUCUUGCGCUGGCGGAUUUAUCGGUAGGCCUUAUUAGUGUACUGACAGACAUAGUGUGGAAGAGCACAGUAUCUUGGCACGCGGGCAACGUCGGCUGUAAAGCAGUAAGAUUUGCACAGGUGUUAGUGACGUACUCCUCCACAUACGUGUUAGUGGCUCUUAGUAUCGACCGAUAUGACGCUAUUACCCACCCAAUGAAUUUCUCAGGAAGCUGGCGUCGCGCUCGAAGGCUGGUGGUUGUCGCGUGGCUCCUCUCAGCCGUCUUCGCUUCCCCGAGUCUGGUGUUCUUCAUGGAGGCUUACGUGGACGGUGUCAACCAGUGCUGGAUCGAUUUCCCAGAGGCUUGGCAGUGGAAGCUCUACAUGACGUUGGUCGCUAUCACCGUCUUCUUCUUCCCCACCAUCAUCAUCGCCGCUUGCUAUGCCAUCAUCGUCUACACCAUCUGGAGCAAGAGCAAAAUCAUGACAGUUACCAGUAAAGCGAUGGGUAGUAAAAACGGCGAGAAGCGGGGCGCGGCCGUGCAUGAGGAUGACUCUCGGCGCGCCAGCUCCCGAGGUCUCAUCCCGAAGGCCAAGAUCAAGACGGUCAAGAUGACGCUCGUUAUUGUCUUCGUCUUCAUCCUGUGCUGGUCGCCGUACAUCGUCUUCGACUUGCUGCAAGUGUACGGCUACGUGCAGACCCAGACUCAGACGAGUGUGGCGGUCGCAACGUUCAUCCAGUCUCUCGCGCCCCUCAACUCGGCAGCCAACCCUAUCAUCUACUGCCUGUUCUCGACGCACAUUUGCCGUAAUCUCAGAAGAAUCCCUGCGAUAAACUGGGUGGUGACGAGAGUGUUCCCGUGCCUGGCGUGUGCCCAGCAGCCCCUGGAGCCGGACGGGCCCUUCCGCCGCUACGGUACCGAGUACACGACCAUGUCUGACGCCUCUAGCCGCCGCCACACCCUCACCUCCGUUAGGUAUAAUGCCAGGUACAACCCGAUGCGUCAGGGCGUCGAACUCAACAAGGGCGUGACGCAGACGACGACGGUGCCGAAGGAGUACCUCAACACUGAGCUCCUCACUUACAACACCAAGAGGAAGCAUGACUCGUACAUCAAGGGAUCCGUCGUUUAGGGAAAUGGCAUCAUGGCGUUGGAUAUUUUAAAAGAUAGAAUUGAUAUAUUGGUAUAAAAAAA